ACAGAGAAAGAGAAACGAAGAGAACGCAGAAGGAAAAAACAAUAAUAAUAAUAAUAAUAAAUGUCGAAAUCAAUCGAUCUCAACGCGACGGUGAACCACGACACGCUCCGAUUUGGAUUAGACGGAGUCAAAGGCGACAUCGUCGGCGUUCAUCCUCUCCAGUCCCUUCGAGAGACCAAUCUGAGGAGCUUGGCGGAGAAGAAGAGACAGGGGCUGGAUCUCACCUAUGGCUCGGCUUUCAACCUGAAGAAGGAUCUCGAUCGCCAAAUCCUCUCCAGAUUUCAGAGGCCUCCAGGAGCAUUGCCAUCAUCCAUGUUGGGAUUAGAGGCCCUAACUGGUGAUUUAGAUGAUUUUGGAGUUGAAGAUUAUCUCAAUCUACCACAAGACUCCGAAACUUUCAGGCCUGCUGACAUGCAUCACGGAAUGGAAGUUCGACUUGGCCUUUCCAAAGGACCAGCUUUCCCAAGCCUUAUUUGAAUUACACAUGUGGGAAACUAAAAUCGUGUUUCUGGUCAAAGACUGACAAGGUUUCUAUGCUUAAGACAUUUGAUAACUGUAAAGGCUUUGAACAUGCAUUGCAAGGCAUAUAUUAGUCUGUGAUGGACCGUGAAAAUCUUGUUGCCUGAAUUGGAGUAGUUAUUCAUGGAUAUUUCUGUUCUCUUGCUAAAAGACUUGCUACAUAAUGUGUGCUUGACAGUCUUUUCUUUUCGACACAAAUGUUACUUAAACUAUAUUUUAUUCUUGAUAAGUUUGUUUGCCA